UUUGUUUGCAGCUGAGUGUACGGGUUGUCAGCCAUGUCGAUGCCUGUGAUAUCGGCUCAAGAUCUAACCGUUGAGAGUGUGGUUGAUGAAAACGUAACGAAAUAUUCACCAAUGAUUCAAUUCUAUCGGGAUAAAACGAUUUUUGUGACGGGUGGUACUGGGUUUUUGGGCAUGCUGUUCAUUGAAAAACUGUUACGAUGCGGAGUGAAAUCAAUCUACGUGUUGGUGAGACCGAAAAAGAACAAAUCACCGGCCCAACGGAUACAAGAAACAUUCGCUGGCGAAAUAUUCGUUAAAUUGAAGGAACUAGAUCCGGACUACAUGAUGCGAAUUAAACUGAUCGAGGGUGACACAUACCGAGCUGAUCUAGGUAUUUCCGACGACGAUCGCAAAGAAAUUAUUGCGAAUGUGGAAAUUGUGAUACAUGCGGCGGCUGAUGUGCGAUUCGACAAAUCACUGCAAGAACUCUGUUUAACCAAUGUACGAGGAACGAAGUCCAUAACAUUGCUGGCCGAACAAAUGCAGAACUUGAUUGUGUUUGCCUACAUAUCGACGGCAUUUUCUCAGUUUUAUCGGGAUAAAAUUGAGGAGAAAUUUUAUCCUCCUCCAUGCGAUCCGGAUGAAAUGAUUCGUAUUGUUGAGCAUUUCGACCAACACCAAACUGAAGAACUGAAUUUUUUGACCGACAAACUUCUAAGACCCUGGGAGAAUACAUACGUGUUCACAAAAGCUUUGUCGGAAGAGUUGGUUCGUCGAGUGGCACAUAAAUUUCCGACAAUCGUCGUACGACCUUCUAUUAUUAUUGCCACAUAUGAAGAUCCGCUGCCCGCAUGGACCAACAACGUUUAUGGCUUAAAUGGAUUUUGCUUCGGCAUAGGGCUGGGUUGCAUAAGAGUAGCUGCCGGUAGUGAUUCGAAAAAUGUUGAAGUGGUCUGCGCCGACUUCGUUACAAACGGCACUUUGGCUGCAAUGUGGAACAAAGCGAAUGAACAGAACAAUACGGCAACUAAUAAUGGAACAGUGUCAGCUGGGGGAGCGGAAAAUGUGAACAAAUUUGACGAAUCGAGCUUAAUCGUUCACUUGACAGCGCAGGAUGCAAUUACUUGUGGACAAUUCCAGGCAAAAAUGAUAGCCGGCUUUCAUGACGUCCCGUCUGCUCUAUGUCUUUCCCGUCCAUCUAUAACGUUCGCCGAAACAGGACUGAUGUUCUUCCUGCUGACUAUCAUGUAUCAUGUCGUUCCAGCUAUUAUGUUGGACACAUUUUUCCGCGUCACAAACAACAAAAAUCGACUCUUACCGGUGUAUAGAAAGUAUCAGGACUUUUUGAAUCGCACAGCUUAUUUUUCGAAGCACGUCUGGCGCUAUGGUCAUCAAAAUAUGAAACAGAUCAUUGAAAAUAUGUCCGAGGAAGACCAACGAUUUUUCCCUUGCGAUAUAUUCAAGUUCAAAACGAUUGACUACAUACAUAGUUAUUACUUGGGAUUGAGACAAUACUUAGCAAAGGAAUCACUAGAUAAUUUGCCUUACGCCAAACGGAGAUACAGAAUCAUAAUGCUAACUUCAUUCGUAACAUCGACCUUUUACUAUAGCUUCUUGGGAUGUUUGUUGUACAUGUUCAUGCAUGUAACUGGCGUUGCGUACUACAUAAAGGAGUGUAUGUGGACAUUUAUAUGAUGUCGACUUUAUUAUUGAACUUCAAUCAAGACACUAACUUAUAAACAUAAUAAAAGUGAGUU